GCGAGGCACAACACAUGGGUGUUGCUUAGCAGUGGCUUUGAAGCUCUGUGGGCAAAGAAGGUAAGGAAUAAGGAAAGUAAAAGGGACAGCUGAGGACUUGUGUCCCCAAAACCCAUCAGGGAGCCUCAGCGUGGCUCUGGCGUGAACGUUUUCAUAAGCCAGACGAUCCCAGCAGCACUGCAAAGCCUCAAUCCUAUUGACUAACCGUGCUGCACUCCCUCCCUCACCACUAAUCUGCGGCUCAGCUGGGAGGAGAAAGGGCAUUUUCUCUUCCUGAGGGGCAAGCGUGGGCUGGGGAAUGCUGAGAGGGCAAAUCCGAGGGUUUGCAGAGGGAAAUGCCUUCGGUGCGUUGUUGCCCUGCAGCCCCUGAUGGGGGAUGCAGGUUUUGAGCUGGCAUCGAUUUGUUGAAGCGUUUCUCCUUUCUGCCCUCCGGGGGGGGGGGCAGGAAGCAGCACCUCACCGUUACCCCUGCACUUAAAUUAAUUGCCCCGGGGUCUUUCUUUUCCACGUGGCAGCUAACCGUACGAUUUAUGGAGUGGCUGCCACCCCUUCCCAGCACCCAGCCAAAGGCCUCCCAUAGCAACCUGGCAUGCUCCACCCAACACUUUUUCCUGCCAGAGCCAACUCCUGCUCUGUAAUGAGCUUAACGAGGCCGUGCUUCGUUAUGGCUUAACGAAAGGGCUCCUCUCUCCCGGGCUCCUGCGGGAUAACAGAGCCCCGAAUCUCAAGGAAGCUGAGCAUUGGAGCAAAGUUCCAUUCCCAAGGCCAUGGCCUCGCUGCUGUCCCUCCAGGAGGAGAACCGCAUCCUGCAGCAGGAGCUGUCGCGUGUUGAGGACCUGCUGGCUCAGAGCCGUGCUGAGCGCGAUGAGUUGGCCAUCAAAUACAACGCCAUCAGUGAGCGGCUGGAGCAAUCCCUGCGGCUGGAAGCGGGCGAGCAGGAGGUGGCAGAGAGCCGGAGCCUGGCACAGCACAACAUUGAGCUGCGGAGGCUGCUGGAUGAGGAGCAGGCUGCCUACAAGCGCAAGCUGCAGGCGUACCAGGAGGGCCAGCAGAGGCAAGCACAGCUGGUGCAGAAGCUGCAAGCCAAGGUGCUGCAGUACAAGAAGAAAUGUGGUGAGGUGGAGCAGCAGCUGCUGAAGAAGGAGACAGAACUGGAGCAGGAGAGGCUGACAAGCCAGCCGGAGGAGGAGAGCCCCAACGAGCUGGAGAACGCACUGAUCCGGCUGGAGGAGGAGCAGCAAAGGAGCUGCAGCCUGGUGCAGGUGAACUCGAUGCUGCGGGAGCAGCUGGAGCAGGCAAACGUGGCCAAUGCGGCACUGAGCGAGGACAUCCGCAAGCUGACAGCCGACUGGGCACGGGCACGUGGAGAGCUGGAGCAGCGUGAGGCCCAGUGGAGGAGGGAGGAGGAGUCCUUCAACACCUACUUCAGCAACGAGCACGGCCGCCUGCUCACCCUCUGGAGGCAGGCAGUGGCUUUCCGACGCCACUUUGGCCAGCUGCGAGCCGCCACUGAGAGAGAUCUGGUGGAGCUGGGGCAGGAGGUGAGCCGUGCCGGCCGUGCUGCCCACGCCGCCUGCGUGCAGCUGGGAGCCCACCUGCAGCUGGCCGAGGGCCGGGCGGGUGCAGUGCAAGAGCAGCAGGCACAGCAGCUGGCACAGCUGGAGGAGCAGCUGGCAGCACGGGGCCGCGAUGCUGAGCGGGAGAGGGCGAUGCUGGGGGACAGGCUGGCGGAGCUGACAGCAGCCCUGCAGCAGCUACGGAAGGAAGGUGGUGAGAAGGAGCGGGCAGUGCAGGCUCUGACAGCACAGCUGCAGAAGAUGGCACGUUGCACGCCGGGUGUUUUGCAGGAAGCCUCUCGUGCUCAGGAGCCGUCAGCAGAGGAGGUGCAGGCAUUGCGUGCAGAGCUGGAGCUGCUGCACCAGACGCUGCAGGACAUCACCCAGGCAGUGCUGGCUGAUGACCAUGGGUCCUCCCCAGGACCUCCCAGGCUCCCUUGCCGCAGUCUCUCGCCUGCUGCUGCUGUGGCCACGUUGGGAGCUGUGCAUGGUGCCCUGCGCCGGCGGCACAUCCAGCUGCAGGAAGCCCAGGAGGUAUCAGGGAACCUGCGGAGGGAGCUGGGGGACAGCGAGAGCCGGCGGGCUGCCCUGGAGCAGCGGCUGGAGCAACUCAGCACUGAGGCUGGGGGCUGCCGGCAGGCACAGGAUGAGGCCGUGCGUGAGGCUGCACGCCUGCGUGCUGACACGGAGCUCCUGCGCAGUGAGCAGGGCCGCGUGGAGCAGGCGCUGGUGGCAGAGCAGGCGCGGGCAGGAGCUCUGCAACGCAGCGAGGCUGAGCUGCAGCUCCGGAUCCAGGAGCUGGAGGAGCAACGGGAUGAGGCCAACCGAGCAGCAGAGGCUGCAAGACAGCAGCUGGAGCACAGCACACAGCAGCUGGAGCAGCUGGAAGGACAGCGGGCAGCAGGGCAGCAGGAGCUGCUGCGGGCACGGGAGGCGCUGAGCCGGGCACAGCUGGAGGCAGAGGUGGCACGAGGCGAGCAGGCAGCGCUGGGAGAGGCGUUGGCACAGGCACAGGGCAGCAGUGCAGAGCUGGAGGCAGCGCUGCGGGACGCCCGCACACAAGAGGCCAGGCUGCGGGAUGCUGCAGCACGGAGCAGUGAGCUGGCUGCCAGCCUGGCACGGGACAAACGGGAGCUGAGCCGGACACUGGUGGGGCUGGAGGAGCAGCACGAAGCUGACAGCGAGGCCAGGAGGGAGUUGGAAGGACUGAAGGCUGAGCUGGGGCGGCUGGGACGCAGCUGCAGGGAUGGAGAGGCUGAGAGGAUGGAGCUGGAGCGGGCACGGAAAGUGGCGGAGAGGAGCUGCGAGGGGCUGCGGGCUGAGCUGCGGGAGCUGCGUGGGGAGCUGCAGAGAAUGCGGGAGCAGCUGGGGCAGGCUCAGCAGGAGCAGCAUGCAGCAGGGGAGGCACUGGUGCAAGCACGGGGUGAGCAGCAGCGGCUGAGCGCAGAGCUGGAGCGCACCAUGCAGGAGCGAGAGGGGCUGGCCAAGGAUGGGGCCAGCCUGGGGGUCCAGCUGCACGCUGCCCAGCGCGAUGCUCGUGACCGUGCCCAGGAGGCCGAUGGGCUCAGGGCUGAGAAGGCUGUGCUGGAGACGAACCUCUUCGAGGCACGGGAGCAGCUUGGGCAGCUGAGAACGAGCAGGCAGCAGCUGGAGGCCGAGGGACGGAGCCUACGGGUGGCCAGGGAUGGGUUGCUGGAGGAGCUGGGUGCAGCACGGCAGCAGCUGGCAGUGGCACAGAAGGAGGUGGUGGCCCUGCGCAGGACCCAGGAGGAACACGAGGGAGAGCUCAAGCAGCUGCAGAGCGAGAAGGAGGAGCUGGACAUGGAGCGGGGCCGGCUGGCACGGGAGCAGCAGGAGCUGGCAGCAGAGGUGGCAGCAGCACGGCGACAGCGGGAUGAAGGGGUGCUGCGUGCCGAGAGCGAGAAGCAGCAGGCGCUGGCACUGAAGGAGGAGGAGAAGGCAGCUCUAGCAGGAACUCUGGCAGGGCUGCAGCAGAGCCUGGCCCAGGCUACAGCCGAGCUCGAGCGGCAGCGACACGAGAAUGCGAGCUGGCAGCAGCAGCAGCAGCACCGCUCGGCGGAGCUGCGCUCGCUGCAGGCACAGUUGGAGGCAGCAGCAGAGGCCCACGCACGCGAGGCCACGGCUCUCCGUGAGCAGGCAGUGGCAGCAUCCCAGCAGCGUGACAGCGCCCUGCGUGAUGUGGAAGAGAUGCGGGCGCAGCUGGCACUGGAGGCGGAGGCACGGGCAGCGAGGCAGCAGGCGCUGCUGCGGGCACAGAGAGAAGCACAGGAGGGGCGUGAGGGGUGCGAGGAGCAGCGCAGGAUGGGAAUGGAGGCACGCAGGGCGCUGGGUGAUGCUGCCAGGGAGCAGGAAGCGCUGCGGCGCUCCAACGAACAGCUGCGGGCGGCACUGCGGCACAGCGAGGGGCAGCGCAUCAGCCUGCAGCGUGCAGCUGAGCAGCAGGAGCAGCGGCUGGCGCUGGCAGAGGACGGGCAGGCAGCAGCAGGCAGGGAGGCAGCAGAGCUGCGUGCCACCCUCCGUGGGCUGGAACGUGCCCGCCUGGAUGCCCGUCGUGAGCUGCAGGAGUUGCGCCGCCAGGUGAAGGCUCUGGAUAGUGAGAACAGCAAGAAGAGCAAGGAGGUGGAGGAGCUGCGGGCACGUGUGGCACGGGAGGAACAGCACGAGGAGGAGAGGCAUCGUGAAGCCUUCGGCCUCAGGCAGAAGGUGGUGGAGAGUGAGGCUGGCGUGGAGGCCACCAGGAAGGAGCUCCAGCAGCUGCAGCGCAGGCUGGCAGAGAAGGAGGCAGAUUUCCAGCAACGGGAGCGGGCACUGUCCCGCAGCCUGGAGGAUGCUCGAGGCCACGAGAAGAAGCUGCUGGCUGAUGCCCGCAACCUGCGGCUGAAGGCAGAGGCAGCACGCAGUGAGGCAGCAGAGCUGAGCUUGAAGCUGAGCGCAGCCGAGGGUCGGGCACAAGGGCUGGAGGCUGAGCUGGCACGGGGUGAGGAGCGACGACGCGAUGCUGAGAUGCGGCUGAGUGGGCUGAGCUCAGCCCUGCGCUGCACCGUCGGUGUUGGACGGGCACAUGGAGGCUCUCCAGGCAAGGCUGGACCCAGGAAGGGGACACGCACCCCCUGCUCACCCCCAGACCCUGAUGCAGCAGCUGACCCCGAGGCAGUUCGUGCAGCCCUGCAGAAUUUCCUGCGCCAGCUGCAGGACGCCCAGCGGGAUAAGGAAGAGCUGCAGGUGCGGGUGUGCAGCCUGAGCAAACAGCUGGCCGAGGCAGAAGCACAGCGGGACAGAGCACUGCAGCUGCACAAGAGAUUGGCUGAGAGCAAGGAAGGGUGGCAGGGCUCUGAAGGCAAGCAGGCAGCACUGCUGCUGCAGGAGGAGAUGCUGCAGCAGGGUGAGGGCGAGCGCCGGCUGCUGCUCGAGAAGGUGUCAGCGCUGGAACGCAGCUUGCACGCUGCUGAGGGCGAGCGCCGGGCUGCCCAGGAGAAGCUGAGUGCACUGCUGGCAGCCAAGGACCAUGCACAGGGCACACCGGGGGCCAACACCAGCACAGCCCUGCAGCAGCGGUUGCAGAAGCUGCAGACUGCCUUGGCUGCGGGCGAGCUCGACCGCCGGGCACUGCAGGAGAUGCUGGAUGCUGCACGGGAGGAGCGCGGGGUGCUGCGGGAGCAGCUGCGGGCGCUGCAGGAGGAGCGUGCAGUGCUGGAGCUGCGCAGAGAGGAGCUGGAGGCGCAGGUCCGGCGGCUGCAGGAGACACAGCAGCAGCAGGACGAGGAGGAGGCGGCGGUGCUGGGGGGGCUGAGGGCAGAGCAGCGGGGGCUGCAGGAGCGCGUGGGCAGCCUGCAGCGUGCUGUGACCCAGCUGGAGGCUGAACGGCGUGAAGCUGAGCGCUGCGCCCUGCGCCUUGAAAAGGACAACUGUGCCCUGAAAAGAACCCUGGAGAAGGUGGAGAGGGAGAAGCUGAAGACACACGAAGCCUCGCUGAGGUUGGCUCUGCAGAAGGGCCGCCUGGACCGCUCUCUGGGCACAUCAGAGCAGCAGCUGGCAGAGGCACAGCGACGCAUUCAAGUGCUGCAGGCACAGGUCUCAGCGCUGGAGCAGAGCUCUGGGGCUGCACAGAAGCCACCAGCACAGCAGUGGGGGGCACAGGAGUCUCGCCGUCACCCCCGCAGCAUUUAGGGCUGAGAGCAGCACGUGCAGCUCACCAAAAAUCUGCUCAGCGUUCGCAAAUCCCACUCUUUUUUCUUGAUCAAGAGCAGCACUUUACCCCCUGAGCCACCACUGUCUAUUUUUGAUACAGCUUGAUUUUUUUUCCCCCCUCCUUUUUCUACAGCUUUUCUAUAACCAAUAUUUGGAAAUAGGACGUUUUUUAGCCCACAUGGAUGUGAUGGGAGCAGUGGGGCUCCCCAGACUGGUGCUGACCAGGGUAAGCAUCCCUACGCCUGGAUCCCACGUGGCACAGGGAGGGUCCUCUCUUUUCUACUGCUCUUUUUGGAGACUGGUUUGAUAUCGGUGCUAUGGGCCAACCCAACGUGGCCCCAACCCUUGUAUAUCCCUUCUAAUCCUCCAUUAAAUGUAUGGAAAGCCAA